GAGUAUUUAUAUGUUUGUAAACAGAACAGUCGCUCGAAACAUUGUCACCCAUUUUUUUUUUGUUUCAAGCUGUUUUAAGGGCUUUAACUUACCGCAAGUCAUUUAAAACCGUGUUUUAUAGUGAAAAUAGUGAAACCAAAAUCAAUAACGAAGCAUGUUUUCUUUGGUAGCAGACUAUGGAAAUAGUGACGACGAGGGUUCGUCAAGCGAAUCCAGUAAUGACGAAGCAUCCGAUUGUGACACCAUUGCAGCGAACAACACAACACAAAGUUCCGCUCCACCAGCUCUUCCCAGUGCAAGCUUGAUGUUAGCUAACGAGAAAAAGUCUAUUCCCGGAGGUGUCUUCAGCAAUCCUUUCAAAGAAGCGGAGGAUGCCAAAAUGGCAAGUCUGGAAAAGCACGUCAAAAUGGUUGAUCCGGAACAUGAAAUUAGUGAACAAAAGCGUAAAAUCUGCUGGAGCUACCGGAAGGGUCGUUGCAGAUUUGGAAGCAAGUGCAACUUUGCCCAUGACUCCGAUCUCAUACUGAAGAAGGAAGUGCACGGCGCUAACGCGAUAGAGGAAACAGAAUCCAUUCCAGAUCCCGAGGUACAGCAGGAGACAGUUGCAAUGGGACGCAAACAACAAGCCAACAAGAAGAAACGACCGGGUUUGAGUCGGGAAUUGGUACCGCCCAAAAAGGUGUUGAAAAUGUACCAACGAGAUAAGUACAGUGGAAAGCAGUAAAUUAUUAUCCAAUCAACAACCGCAAUUAUGUAUGACAAUUCUUCUUCAAAGUUAACCCAGUAUUAGGUUGUAAAAGGUCCUCAAUCUACGUGUAGGUUCUUUCAGAUGAAAAUCGAUCCAUUUGGUUUUGAUUGGGCAAUUGAAUUCAAUUUAGGGAAAUGACGGCUUUCUCAGGUUUUGUUCUAUUAUUGUCAGUGGGAUUUUUGUUGACCAAAUUUUAUGAAAUUCGGCCACAAUAUUCUAUGAUAUGCAAAGAAUGUUUAGGCCAAAUUUGAGUAUUAUUGGUUAUAGAAAACCCCCCUGCCUAUAAUGGAACAGAACCUGCCAAAGCCGUCAUUUCCCCUACUAGACAAAAGUUGAACAAAAUCAAUUUCAAUUAAAGUUGGGUUGAAUGGAAUUUUUUACACGAUCAAGUGAACGGACCAAUUCACUGUUUUAACACGAAAUGAACAUAAAAUAUAAGGCACGGUUAAUAAAUAUUAUAUUAUUUUAUUUUGGUAAUCGAUAAGAGAUUUCUAUCUGAGAACUGGUGUAUAUGGUUUAGUAACAGACCCUGCUAAGUAAAAAAUAAUUCCAAACGCAAACAGACACGAGUUUUGGUGUGAUCCACACUUGCAACGAUUUGAGCAGUAACAGAACCUACAUGCAUAGUACAAAUAAACAAGUUAAACCUA